CCUUUUUUUUAGUUUCGGCUAAUCAACGACAAGCUUUUCAUUCAGUCCGGCUUGCAUAAACAGGAACUUGGAUAAAUUUUGUGGGGUUGGGUUCACAGAUUUGCAAAAGUCUGCAACAUGGGGUUCGAAACAUGUGGACCGAAUGAAGUAAUGGUUGUUUCGGGAUGUUGUCAUGGUAGAUCAUUAUUUGUUCCUGGUGGUCGUUGUUUUGUAUGGCCAGUUAUACAGAAAUUACAGAGGCUUGACCUUAAUCUUAUGACCCUCCACAUUGAUUCUCCAAAUGUGUACACCCUGCAAGGUGUUGCUGUAUCUAUUAAAGGCGUAGCACAGGUAAAAAUUCAAGGCUCUAACCAGGACAUGUUAGCAUCUGCUUGUGAGCUGUUUUUGGGGAAGUCAGAAGCACAGAUCAGAAAUGUUGCCCAGGAGACACUUGAAGGACACCAGAGAGCUAUCAUGGGAAACAUGACAGUUGAAGAAAUCUACAAAGAUCGUAAGAAGUUUUCGAAGGCUGUGUUUGAGGUGGCAUCAUCUGACUUGGUGAACAUGGGAAUAUUCGUUGUCAGUUAUACCAUUACUGAUAUCAGGGAUAGUGAGGGUUAUCUACAUGCUUUGGGUAUGAAACGUACUGCUGAAGUAAAAAGUGCUGCUAGAAUUGGUGAAGCUGAAGCAAAACGUGAUGCUGGAAUCAAGGAAGCCAUUGCAGAAGAGGCAAGAAUGACUGCUCGCUAUGCUAAUGAUGUAGAAAUUGCAAAGGCCCAGAGAGAUUUCGAGUUGAAGAAGGCACAUUAUGACCUGGAAAUUCAAACAAAAGCUGCAACUUCAGAACUAGCUUAUGACCUACAGGCUGCCAAAACUAAACAGGCCAUCAAAGAAGAACAGAUGCAAAUCAAGGUCAUUGAAAGGUCACAACAGAUUCAGUUACAAGAGCAGGAAAUCACCAGACGAGAACGUGAACUUGACGCUCAAAUCCGCAAACCAGCUGAAGCAGAGAAAUUUAGACUUGAAAAAAUUGCUGAGGCUAAUAGAAAGAGAAUUGUUCUUGAAGCUGAAGCUGAAGCAGAGUCAGUUAAGUUGAGGGGUGAUGCAGAAGCCUACUCCAUUGAAGCCAAGGCUAAAGCUGAAGCUGAACAGAUGGCCAAGAAAGCUGAUGCCUGGAAAGAUUACCAAGAUGCUGCCAUGGUUGACAUGAUUCUAGAAACACUACCAAAGAUUGCUGCCGAGAUUUCAGCCCCAUUGACUAACUGUAAGAAGAUCACCAUGGUUUCCAGUGGUAAAGGACCAGUGGGAGCUUCCAAGGUUGCUGGAGAAGUUUUGGAUAUUAUGGAGAAGAUUCCUCAUGUUGUAGAAAGUUUGACAGGAAUUAAUAUUUCAAAGAACAUUAAGGCUGCAACAAGACGAUAAGAAGUAUUUGAAUGAACUUUGAACCUAGAAUGAACUUUGAACCUUUUUCUGAUACUCUAAAGUUGUAAUUACGCAUCAUUUCAUUUCUGUGUGUUAAUGUUCGUUGUGUAUAUAUACUAUCAGUAUGUUGUUAACUUAUAUUACUUAGAUACACUACAGAAGAAAGCAGAGAACUAAAAAUCCCCUGUGUAAUGUUUAUAGUCAUUUUAACACUAAAUACUAUCAUAUAAAUGAAUGAUAAAGUAGUCAUUAAAUGUUUCGUAACAUUCUGUAUUUUAUACAUAAACUUUUAUAUUUUAUUAUCACUAUCAGUACCUUGCAGCUUUUGUCCAAACUAUGGUUGACCACUGUGUAUAUGAUUACUAUGAAAUAAUUUUUUCUAUUAUGUAAGUGUCAUUGUCAAUUCAUUGUAAGUUAUUCAUGAAUAAAUUAAUCAUAAUUGAAUAAAGAUUUGUUGGGAUAACAUCUUGUAUGCUAUGGAAAAAAGUGUUCAGCUGAUUUGAUACCUGUCAUCUUAAUGUUUAUUGUACAUAGUUCACAUGUUCUAUAUGAAGAUGACAUGGAAUUUCUAACAUGAAAAUGAAGUAUUUAAUCCACACAAAGAAAUUGUAGUAUCUUUUACCAUAAUAUUUUCAGUAACUAGUCUAAUUUUAAGUUUUAUAAAUCUAUAUGCAUUUUGUUAUUUCCACUUUAUUUUUUAUGUAGAAUUAUCUGUCUAAUUUAUGAAGAGGGUAUCUUUGUUGUGUUUAUUUUUCUGGAAGUAGGACGGAGAGAAUUGCCCAGAAAAGUGCUUUGGAGGAACAACAUUUAUAUAGUGUUAUUUUCAUUUGGAUUCUUAAUUACCUUCAUGUAGAUUUUCUCUGAAGUUUGAUUGGAGAUAAAUUAAAUUGGGAUGAAGUAAAUGUUAUGAUGGAGACAUUUAAAACAAAAAUUCAUUUGAAGCAAGCUGCAAGUUGUCUUAUAUUAAAUUGUGAGUCAAUAGCUGAAUAAAGAACUGGCAAUAUAAAUUGUGGGAUUUGAAGAAUUUGCAACAGUAUUAAACCUGCCUUAUCUUCUUACAUGAGAUUUACUUUUUUUUUCUUCAUCAGAUUUUCUAAUUUGUUUUUACUCAGGGUCAUCUUGUAUAUUUUUAAUGGCAAAUUGUUUUUGUAUUUGUUAUUUUUAUUUAUUAAGAUAAAAGGUUACAUUACUUUUUUAAUCAGAUACUUUAUAAUACUUUUAAUCCUGAAUUCAAAUUCUGUUGACAGUCUGAAAAUAUGCAAUUUAAAAACUUUUAACUUAUGAAUGCAUUAAUUCAAGUAAUAAUUGAAAAGGGUAUUUUUAUAUUUAUUAAAAAUUUGUUUUUAAAAUGAUUGGUUUUGUAUGUGAUUUUAGACAUGAUAAUGACUUAUUUAAAACAUCUGAAUACAGUCUUGAAAUUGUUUAUAACUUGAUGUGUCUUUAAUAGUUCAUAAAUAUCUUUUUGUGUCAAAACUUUUAUCUUAGUGGAUGGUUGGUAUUUUUAGGAGCAUAGAUAUAACCAUCUAUUGUUUGAAAUUCAAAAUAAGAAACAUCUUUUUCCUGUUAUAUAUUGCAAUAUUUGAAUAUAUUCAUAAAACAGUCCAAUAAAACAUAAUUUCAUUGUCAAUACAAUCAAAUAUGUAUAAUCUGUAUAGUGAAUAAAAGAUUUGUACUCCUUA